AUGAAUCUGAAGAUUCCAGAUAAACCAGCUACAAUUCCAGUCACUGAUUUUGAGACAGCACCAGAGUUAGAUCCAGUAAUGGUGGAAAGCGUACCGGACGAUGGGGACGAUGAACAGAUAUAUCACGCUCAGAGUCAGGAGAGUAAAGGAGAAGAGAAGGAUUUAGAAAAUACGACUAUUGAGGGAAAAGGAAGUAACUUAUCGGAUGAUACUAGUUCUGAAAGUGAGGAUAGUGAAUCGGGCAUGGAUACGGAUAUAUCAACAGUCACAAAAGAAGAAGAGGAAGGUUUUAAAGUAGUGGAAUCGGGUAUGGAAACGGACGCAUCUACAAUACAGAAGAGAGCGAGAGAGGACGACUAA